AUGUUGAAGAAAAGUGAGUAUAAGGCGUUGUAUAUCUCAGUCCGUUGUAAUGGGAAGUUGUUGCUGAGAGUUUUGAUAGACAACGGAUCUGCUUUGAAUAUCUGUCCAUGGAAUACUUUGAUUAAAUUGGGAUUUCAAGAAGCUAAACUUUGGCAAUCUGCAACUGUGGUGAGGGGAUUUGAUGGCGCUAAAAGAAAAUCAAUGGGAGAAGUGGACUUAGUAUUGCAAGUAGGACCUGCCCAAUUCCAAGUCAUGUGCCAAGUCAUGAAUUUUUCAAGUGUUUAUAAUCUUCUGGUUGGACGACCUUGGAUUCAUGCUUCAGGUGCUAUACCAUCUUCGCUCCAUCAGAUAUUGAGGUUUGUAGUGAAUGACCAAUUAAUCACAGUGUUUGCAGAGGAUGAUUGUACUAUGAUCGUCAAUUCCGGACCAAAAGAGGAAAGUGAUAGAAAAGCUCUGGUUUCUCCCCACCAUGUGGCUGAUAUCGUUUCAAUAGGUUGGGUAUCUAAAGACAAGGCAGUGAUGGAAAUGAAUUUGCCAGAAGCCAGCAUUAUGAUGGCUAAAGAAAUGAUUCGAUGA